AUGGUGAGAAACAUUAUUUCUUUCUUUCUUUCUAUCUAUCUAUCUAUCUAUCUAUCUGUUUGUUUGUCUGUAUAUCUGUCUGUCUAUAACCCUGCAAAUGAGAAUGAUGAGAAACAUUAUUUCUUUCUUUCUUUCUUUCUUUCUUUCUUUCUUUCUUUCUUUCUUUCUUUCUGUUUGUUUGUUUUUCUCUAUAUCUGUCUGUCUAUAACCCUGCAAAUGAGAAUGGUGAGAAACAUUAUUUCUUUCUUUCUAUCUAUCUAUCUAUCUAUCUAUCUAUCUAUCUAUCUAUCUAUCUAUCUAUCUAUCUGUUUGUUUGUUUGUCUCUAUAUCUGUCUGUCUAUAACCCUGCAAAUGAGAAUGGUGAGAAACAUUAUUUCUUUCUUUCUAUCUAUCUAUCUAUCUAUCUAUCUAUCUAUCUAUCUAUCUAUCUAUCUGUUUGUUUGUGUGUCUCUAUAUCUGUCUGUCUAUAACCCUGCAAAUGAGAAUGAUGAGAAACAUUCUUUCUUUCUUUCUUUCUUGCUUGCUACAUUGCUUGCUUUCCUUCCUUCCUUCUUUUUCUCAAUCUUUCCAAGGGAAAAAAAACGUAAUAGGCCAUGUUUAUGA